AUGGGCCACGGUAAUCGAAGGCUCAAGUCGCUAUGCGGGGCAAAGCUCAGACACCUGCAGGCCCCUAAACCAAUAUUCUUGCGAAAAUGGGGACGGAUUCCAUCAAACAAUCGCACACCCAACCAGCAAGCAACUGUGGAGGAGGAACCUCCGUUUCUUCCCCAUGGGACACAUCCAGGAAAAAGAAGCGAAGAAGGAAGCAUUUAGGAAGUAUUUGGAGUCUAAUGGCGUUGUUGAUGCUCUCACCAAAGUUCUGGUUGCGUUGUUUGAGCAACACGAUAAGCCUUCCUCUGCUCUCGAAUUUAUUCAACAAAGACUAGGCGGUCCAUCUAUAGCUGAAUACGAGAAGUUACAAUCCGAGAUGGCGGAUUUGCAAGUCAAGUAUGACGAGCUUUUAGCUACCCACAAGGAAACCUGUAAAGAGUUGGAAGGACUUAAAAGUUUGCAUAACGUCACGGCAAUGUCUACCAAGGAUACCACUGAUGACGAGGAGGAAAACGAUAAGGUAUGAAGGGCUAAUUGAGUUGCACAUAGGAGGUUGAUGGAUUUUCUAUAUGACUGCCAAGAAAAAGAAAGUGAUAUCUAUUUCCUUUAAGGUAUGUGAAGAUCUUACGCUAUGAACGUUAAAAAGUUGAAUUGUAUGAAGACCAUUCAUCUUUUUACCUUUGAUUCUUUGACAUUGUUUGCUUUUGAUAA